AUGAGCUACGGUAGGCAGGCCCCAGACAGGCCCCAGACAGGCCCCAGGCAGGCCCCAGGCAGGCCCCAGACAGGCUCCAGGCAGGCCCCAGGCAGGCCCCAGGCAGGCCCCAGACAGGCCCCAGGCAGGCCCCAGCAGGCCCCAGACAGGCUCCAGGCAGGCCCCAGACAGGCUCCAGACAGGCUCCAGGCAGGCCCCAGACAGGCUCCAGGCAGGCUCCAGGCAGGCCCCAGGUGA